CCUUACUGUCAUUGGUAACCGUAUGUUUAGUUUAAUAAAUAUUGCUGUGCGAAAAUCAAUUUUAAUUUACCUGUCAAAAACGAUAUAGUAGGCACAAUAUACUCACUGAAUCGAAUUGUAAACUUGAUAACUUUGGUUUACUGCUGUGAUUAUUUUUGACUACCUACUGCACCAUAUUUUACAGUUAUUUAUGAUAAAAAAUGUACACUUAUGUUAUGUGUCAAGUUUUUGUUGUCCUCAGAAGCAGAUUUUCACAACUAAUAUCAAAGGAAGACACUAUUUGAAAGAGAAAUAAAAUUCAAUAGGCUGUAAUAUUCGUAUUGGUUAAUGAACAAGACCGGCCUGAAUUUAAGCAAUAACAAUGUUCACAAUAGGUUUACUCACAGCUGUCUUCCUCAUAGUGCUUUCCCUGCUCAGUGGCAUGGUUCUUACACUACUCAUCCAGUGGUAUUUUUUUAAUAGAUAUUUGAUGAAGUUACCUAUGGUUACAAAAACAGAUGAACCUACAGCAGAACUAUUUGAGAUACCCAAGAGUCUGCUUGAUGGGUGUUUUAAACCGGAACCAGCAAAAGCUCUAAAUUCUGUCCUUCAGUUUUUAUUCCAAGAGUGUCGUAACAGUAACAGAGUGAGACGUUGGUUCAGGGCCCGACUUAGUCUUGAGUUAGAGGAACUGCUGACUCGCACAACUACUGGGAAACUGUUUGAGGCUAUUGCACUUAGAGAACUUAAUUUGGGCACACAGUUUCCAAACAUUGACUGCAUAGAGAUUAAACACUUGAAUGUGAAUCCCACAAGUGGUUUGAUUGAUGAUUUAGAGCUCUGUCUACUGUUGGAAUACAGUGGUGGUUUCCAGCUAACAAUAGAUGCGAACAUGCGACUCAACAAGACUGCUCGAGUCUCUGUCAAAGUGAAUGAGUUGAAGGGGCAAGGCUGCCUCAAGUUCACCAGACACCCGUAUACUCACUGGUCGUUCAGCUUCUACUCAGACCCCCAGCUGCAGCUGACUGUCGAAUCCCAGUUCCAGGGCCGGGCGCUGACACAAAUCAACUCCAUUAUAGCUAGUCAGAUCAGAAAAGCUCUCAAAAGAAAACACACGCUUCCAAACUAUAAACUUCGCUACAAACCUUUUUUCAACAAGAGUGAGGAAGGUGGUGUGGAUGACAGCCCAGUCGUAAUGCUGUCCGGAGGGCUGGAUGUGGCAGUGCUUCAAGUAUCUCGAGUGUCAGAAACCACAGGUCCAGUCUACUGCAGUCUGGCUGUUGACAGUAUGGCAUGGGUGGAGAUGGUGCACUCUGAGACUGGCAGCUAUCUAACGGUGGAUGUCAGUGUACUCAAGCAAGGUAACUCCCUUGGUGUACACUUCAAACAGGAGUUUGUGGCAGACAAAUAUCAGGUAUGUUUUGUAGUGGAAUCAGUGGCUCCGUAUGUGGUAGCAGAGGUCCGUCCUGGGGAUAUUCUGGUAGCUAUUGAUGGCAAGAAAGUGACCUCACUCACUCAGAUCAGCAAGUGCACCAAGCAAGCUGGGGACCGAGUGCCUCUCAGACUUGAACGGAGGCUCAAGAUCUUGCCUGGCCCUCCUAGUGAUGACAAGUUACUGGAAAUCUCAGGGCUGAGACACCGAAGGGGCUCAGGGGACAAGACUGAUAGUGACAGCAGCAAUUCCACUUCUCUGUCAGGUACUGUUUUAUUUUGAUCUAAACUCAC